AUGCGAUCGUUCACCCGAUCUGGUUGUUGUCACGUACUAGUGCCGCACGAAACUUUUACUACGGGGCAGCAGGAGCUGCCGGGGGAGGAGCGGCAGGAGCUGCCAACAGGAGGGCAGCUGGGGCUGUCGGGGGGAGGGCAGCAGGAGCUGUCGGAGGGGGAGCGGCGGGAGCUGCCAGCGCAGGGGCAGCUGGAGGUUGCUAGAGAGCAGCAGCCAGGGGGGCAGCCGGGGGUGCCCGGGGCACCCCAGGGAGUGCAGCAGGCAGGGGGGCAGCUGGGGGUGCCCGGGGCACCCCAGGGAGUGCUGCAGGCAGGGGGGCAGCCGAGGGUGCCCGGAGCACCCCAGGGAGUGCAGCAGGCAGGGGGGCAGCCGGGGGUGCCCGGGGCACCCCAGGGAGUGCAGCAGGCAGGGGGGCAGCCGGGGGUGCCCGAGGCUCCCCAGGGAGUGCAGCAGGCAGGAGGGCAGCUGAGGGUGCCCGGGGCACCCCAGGGAGCGCAGCAGGCAGGGGGGCAGCCGGGGGUGCCCAGGGCUCCCCAGGGAGUGCAGCAGGCAGGAGGGCAGCUGAGGGUGCCCGGGGCACCCCAGGGAGCGCAGCAGGCAGGAGGGCAGCCGAGGGUGCCCGGGGCACCCCAGGGAGUGCAGCAGGCAGGAGGGCAGCCGAGGGUGCCCGGGGCACCCCAGGGAGUGCAGCAGGCAGGAGGGCAGCAGGAGGUGCCCGGGGCACCCCAGGGAGUGCAGCAGGCAGGAGGGCAGCCGAGGGUACCCGGAGCACCCCAGGGAGUGCAGCAGGCAGGGGGGCAGCCGAGGGUGCCCGGGGCACCCCAGGGAGUGCAGCAGGCAGGGGGGCAGCCGGGGGUGCCCGGGGCUCCCCAGGGAGUGCAGCAGGCAGGAGGGCAGCUGAGGGUGCCCGGGGCACCCCAGGGAGCGCAGCAGGCAGGAGGGCAGCCGAGGGUGCCCGGGGCACCCCAGGGAGUGCAGCAGGCAGGAGGGCAGCCGAGGGUGCCCGGGGCACCCCAGGGAGUGCAGCAGGCAGGAGGGCAGCAGGGGGUGCCCGGGGCACCCCAGGGAGUGCAGCAGGCAGGAGGGCAGCCGAGGGUACCCGGAGCACCCCAGGGCGUGCAGCAGGCAGGGGGGCAGCCGAGGGUGCCCGGGGCACCCCAGGGAGUGCAGCAGGCAGGGGGGCAGCCGGGGGUGCCCGGGGCUCCCCAGGGAGUGCAGCAGGCAGGAGGGCAGCUGAGGGUGCCCGGGGCACCCCAGGGAGCGCAGCAGGCAGGAGGGCAGCCGAGGGUGCCCGGGGCACCCCAGGGAGUGCAGCAGGCAGGAGGGCAGCCGAGGGUGCCCGGGGCACCCCAGGGAGUGCAGCAGGCAGGAGGGCAGCAGGGGGUGCCCGGGGCACCCCAGGGAGUGCAGCAGGCAGGGGGGCAGCCGGGGGUGCCCGGGGCUCCCCAGGGAGUGCAGCAGGCAGGAGGGCAGCUGAGGGUGCCCGGGGCACCCCAGGGAGCGCAGCAGGCAGGAGGGCAGCCGAGGGUGCCCGGGGCAACCCAGGGAGUGCAGCAGGCAGGAGGGCAGCCGAGGGUGCCCGGGGCACCCCAGGGAGUGCAGCAGGCAGGAGGGCAGCAGGGGGUGCCCGGGGCACCCCAGGGAGUGCAGCAGGCAGGAGGGCAGCCGAGGGUACCCGGAGCACCCCAGGGAGUGCAGCAGGCAGGAGGGCAGCCGAGGGAGCCCGGGGCACCCCAGGGAGUGCAGCAGGCAGGGGGGCAGCUGGGGGUGCCCGGGGCACCCCAGGGAGUGCAGCAGGCAGGAGGGCAGCCGAGGGUGCCUGGGGCACCCCAGGGAGUGCAGCAGGCAGGGGGGCAGCUGGGGGUGCCCGGGGCACCCCAGGGAGUGCAGCAGGCAGGGGGGCAGCCGGGGGUGCCCGGGGCACCCCGGGAAGUGCAGCAGGCAGGGGGGCAGCUGGGGGUGCCCGGGGCACCCCAGGGAGUGCAGCAGGCAGGAGGGCAGCCGCGGGUGCCCGGGGCACCCCAGGGAGUGCAGCAGGCAGGAGGGCAGCCGAGGGUGCCCGGGGCACCCCAGGGAGUGCAGCAGGCAGGAGGGCAGCCGGGGGUGCCUGGGGCACCCCAGGGAGUGCAGCAGGCAGGGGGGCAACCGGGGGUGCCCGGGGCACCCCAGGGAGUGCAGCAGGCAGGAGGGCAGCCGAGGGUGCCCGGGGCACCCCAGGGAGUGCAGCGGGCAGGUGGGGAGCCAGGGGUGCCCGGAGCACCCCAGGGAGUGCAGCAGGCAGGAAGGCAGCCGGGGGUGCCCGGGGCACCCCAGGGAGUGCAGCAGGCAGGAGGGCAGCCGAGGGUGCCCGGGGCACCCCAGGGAGUGCAGCAGGCAGGAGGGCAGCCGAGGGUGCCCGGGGCACCCGAGGGAGUGCAGCAGGUAGGAGGGCAACCGAGGAUGCCUGGAGCACCCCAGGGAGAGCAGCAGGCUGGGGGGCAGCCGGGGGUGACCGGAGCACCCCAGGGGGAGCAGCAGCUAGGGGGGCAGCCGGGGGUGACCCGAGCACCCCAGGGCAAGCAGCAGGCAGGGGAGCAGCCGGGGGUGACCCGAGCACCCCAGGGAGUGCAGCUGGCAGGAGGGCAGCCGAUGGUGCCUGGGGAACCCCAGGGAGUGCAGCAGGCAGGAGGGCAGGGAGUGCAGCAGGCAGGAGGGCAGCGGAGGGUGCCCAGAGCACCCCAGGGAGAGCAGCAGGCAGGGGGGCAGCCGGGGGUGACCGGGGCACCCCAGGGAGCGCAGCAGCCAGGGGGGCAGCCGAGGGUGCCCUGGGCACCCCAAGGAGCGCAGCAAGCAGGGGGGCGAUCGAUGGACGACCAGGAGCAACAGUUGGAGGAGUGGUGUCGACUUCUGGAGCUUGAUACCCCCAUGGCGACUGUGGAGGAGUCAGAGGCGGACGAAGAACCUCCCAUGCCGCCUUCCCCAUGCCCUCGCUUCCCGUGCGACACGUGUUUCCACACUUUCGCUACGCGGGGGGCUGCUGCGAACCACAUGAGGGUAUGUCAAGCGGCUGAGGCGGAGAGGCGUGCACAGGCUCUCGGCUCGAUUCCGUCUCUGGUGGAGACCGACACGCAGGAGCGAUCGACGCCGCGGGAAUUUGGGGACGAGGCGUGGGCUGGGGUUACGUCAUGGGAAUGGGAAACAUUUUUCAGUGUGGAGGCGGUUGGAGGGAGGACAGUUCGCCGGAUCCCACAGCGGGCCAGGUCGGGGGUCUUAGACGCGCUCUGUUGCAUCCUUAAGCGCUUGAAGAGCCAGCCAGGAGAUGAAGCCGCUACCCUCCUACUCUUGGCGUUUCCGCGCCUCAUCCUAGCCAUGCCUCCCAAGCCAGGCAUAGGUCAGAAGGCGCUGAUCACAGAGCGGUUGGGUGCGUUCUGGGAGGGGAGGUGGCGGGAGCUGUUUGACUCUGCCAUGGCGGCAGCGCGGCCAGCAGUUCUCCCACUUUCCUACACUCGCUCUGACUAG